AUGGGGGAAAACACAGCAUCUGGGAAAGAUCUUGGCCAUUACCUGCCUCUGUACGAAGCGGCACUCCAAGGUGACUGGGAGACAGCCAGCACAAUUUUGGAACAAGAUCCAAAAGCUUUCAAGGCAAUAAUCACCGGAACCUCAGAAAGGGCUUUGUUUGUGGCGAUUAGAUCACCAAAGAAAACCCAUUUUCUAAAGAAGCUGGUGGAGCAUAUGUCAACAACCGAUCUGGCUUUCGUUGAUGAAGAUGGCUCAACAGCUCUUCAUAUAGCUGCAAUAGCUGGCAACAUCGAGGCAGCCAAGUUGCUAGUGAAUAAGAACUCUGACCUGCCUAAUAUUUUGGACAAUAGUAACUCACUACCUCUUCAUUCAGCUGCAGCUUGCGGCAAACGGGAGAUGUUUCUCUACUUAAUGACGGUUACCAACGCAAACAUGGAGCCGAAGCCAUUCGAGGAUGAAUCAGGUGUUAGACUAGUUCAUGCCCUGAUAACUUACGGAUAUUAUGGUGAGUAG